AUCACCGCGCAGCUCAGGCUGCUCCACAUCGCUCUGCCCAAGAUGGCGACCCUGGAGCCAGACGCCGUGCUGCCAGAGAAACUCGCCCACUCUUACGGACUCACCAUCAAGGCUGAUGUACCGGCCGACGCUGGGGCCCAGGAUGUCAUCCAGGAUAGAGUGUACGCCAGGCUAGUGGAGUGCAUUCGAUUUCACCAGGAGAUUUUGAAGUGUGUAGACGAGAUGGAGUCAGUGCUGAGCCUUACAGUUCUCAUUCAGUUCUUCACCAGCACGCUCGUCAUUUGUUUGACAGCCAUCACUGUAAUUUCGACAGAAACGGCGUACCUCCCUACUUAUGCAGCAUAUCUUGCUACAAUGUUCUACCAGCUGUUCAUCUACUGUUGGUAUGGAGGCGAAGUUUAUUUGGAGAGCGAGAGCCUCCAGUUCUCGGCAUACAGUUGCAACUGGCCAGAAACAGACGCUAGAUUCAGGAAGACGCUCAGGAUCUGCCUGGCACGCAUGCAGAGACCCAUCAGCCUCACGGCCUGUAAAUUUUACAAGCUGUCUCGAGAAACUUUCCUGUUGUUGUUGAACGGCUCCUACUCCUACUUCACAUUACUACUUCAGAUGAACCAGAAAAAUGACUAGCAGGUAAAAAUGAAAUAGCAGGGCAAUGCUAAAAUGUUUUGGAUUGUAGAUCACCAUGAUGUAGCCCACACUCUCUUACAUUAUUUACCAAGGUUAAUUUAUUACACGUUCUUCAUUAUCAGGU